AUGCCAUGUGAACUAAGAAAAUUAAACUUCACUGCCAAGAAAAUUCAAAAGAAAGGAAGGAAGGAAGAGAUGCAAGAUCACUCGACCCACGAAAUCCCCGUUCUUCCUCCACACAAUGCAUCUUCUAGACCAUUAGCCACGGUGACCGUCGCUAAUUCUUCGUUACCGUUCGGGGCGACGCAUCAUAGAAAAGCCCACUCGGAGAUGAACAUCUGGCUUCCGGAUGAUCUAGAUCUCAUGUUGGAUUCCUUCGACGAUAUUGGGCAUGAAGAAGAUCUCAUUUUCUCUUACACAGACAUCGAGAAGCUCGGAUCUAGCUCCGUUGCUGAUGAAAAUGUUGUUGAUUGUAGGAUCGAAAGUUUCAGCGACGGACUUCAAGUCGAGAGUAAUAUGAGGCCUCGACACCGCCAUAGCAGUUCCCUUGGUUGCGCUAUUCUGCUAAGCGAGAGUAUAGAUACGAAAAAGGCAAUGGCUCCUGAUAAACUUGCAGAAUUGUGGACGAUAGACCCCAAACGGGCAAAGAGAAUUCUGGCUAAUCGACAAUCUGCUGCUCGUUCAAAGGAGAGGAAAGCUCGUUAUAUAACCGAACUUGAAAGAAAAGUGCUGGCACUUCAAACAGAAGGAACCACCCUUUCUGCUCAACUCACACUCUAUCAGAGAGACACAAAAUGUUUGAGCAAUGAAAAUACAGAACUUAAGCUCCGGUUACAAGCUAUGGAACAACAAGCUCAGCUACGCGAUGCACUGAAUGAAGCAUUGAAGCAAGAAGUAGAAAGGCUGAGACAUAAUAGUGGAGAAAUGACAUCUGAUGCAUACAAUAAUACUAAUAAUAAUCAUCUAGGAGGAGCAGGGAUUCAAAAUAACCCCUUUUCCAGGCAAAUGCAAAUGCCUUAGUUUUAAUACAAAACUCAACAAGUUACAAUAGGACCUCCAAUUUAUGCAUAACUUAAAGAAGAAAAACAUUUUGAUCCCACCUUUAUUGGGCUUUAUAACUUUCUUUCUUCUAUUGUCAAUAGAGAGGCUACCACUUACAAAUCAUUCAUAAGUAUAGUAUAUUUUUGUAAUUCAAAUUCAUUUCAUUCCUUUGUUGAUUUAUUUGGGUUCCCUUGACCAGUUUUUGUAAAACUGUUUGGAGUUUGUAUUAAUAGAAUUGUUAUAACAAUGACUUCUAAUGAUAAAAUGUAUA